AUGGUCAAAGCUCCGCCACAAGCGAACGUUGCGGAUGCGGCUGCUUCUCCGUCAGCUAUGCAACAUGGUGCUGGCCAAAGGGUUGCAGAUCAGGGACAGGAUGGGAACGUAGUGGGCCAGCGGAAGCCAACUACUGCUGCACAAGAGAUAACUCGGAGAGAUGUUCACACCGCUUCUUCAAUCAAUGCCCAACGGCGAUUGCCAAAGAUUGAAGCCAAAGAACAAAGUCCUGGACAUCAACCAGCAAUCCGCUGCGUCAAGAGCAAAGAAGCUCCCCAAAACAGCCUACCUAAGUCCCAAACCACCGCAAGCUCUAAACCAGUUCUCGUCCGCGGUCCGUCGACCAAGCCAGACAUGAAGAAAAAAACCCAGCCCAUACGCAAGUCCACGUCUCCCAAACUCCCGCCUGUUGAGAGCUUCUCGUUCCAGGACAUUCUUGGUUCGAUUGGUUCGGAAGCCAAUGCCUCAAUCGAUGCCAUCGCAGAGAUAUGCGGUCGAAGCAAGAUGAGCUUAGCCGCGGAGCAUAGCAGUCACCGCCCUCCCCAAGGGCAUCUUGCGACCACAGGAAGCAGUCCAGACAGUUUUUUCCUACCUGCACGACUUGAGCCAGUAGCGGAGACGAGCUCUAAUCGAACGCAUACGCGGUCGGUGUCGAAAAGCUUUGCUCUAGCCACGGGAUCUGCUCAUAAUGUGGAUGGGCUACCGGGCAAUCCCACUGCUGCUACGUCGAAUGUGACUUCGCACACUCACACCAGCACAUCUGGUCAUGGAAAAGGCGAGGGCACCUCCACGACCGCGUCCGCGUCACUGCUUCCACAGGUUUUGGCUUGGCUGCGCCGCUCCGGCUCCACAACAAUCAACGAGCAAACCAGUGCGACCGGUCAGGAUGCUGGCGCAGUCAGCGCCAUGCAUAGGCUCUUAAAUGAUACAUCCGAAGCCCAAUUGUGA